UUUCUCACAGUGCAAAUGAUCCAUAAAUUAAAUUCGGGUCGUCGGAUCCUAACCUACCCGGCGGUGCAUCCCAGCGAGGUCAUAGCUCCCCGGACGCUUCUGCUCUCUCUCAUCGCUCUCACCCACAACAUCUGCGACUACAAAUCCAAAUACAUCGCCAGCAAUCAACGAAACGCCUUGGAAGCGAUCCGCCAGAUCGGAGUGGUGCGGGUUUUUCUCGAAGAGAUACGGGACUGGCUUCCGAGUAGUCUUCCGGACUCGACCGUUUUGAGCUUCUCGGAGCUCCAUUUGAGUUUCCAGAAGCUUCUGUACUUGCUGGAGGACUGUACCCGGGACGACGCCCGGGUAUGGAUGCUGAUGAACUCGGAGCGGGUCGCGGACCAGUUCCGGGUCUUGAUUCGGUCCAUGGCCACGGCUCUUGAUAUUCUUCCUUUUGAUUCGAUCCACGUGGCGGUUGAGGUGAAGGAGCAGGUGGAGUUGGUGAUGCGGCAAGCGCGGCGGGUGAGGUUUGAUGUUGACCCGGAGGAUAAACGGGUCGUGGAGGCGGUUAAGAAGGUUUUGAUCGGGUUUGAGAAGCGGGUCGACCCGGAUAGGAGUGAGCUGAAGCUGGUACUUGAUCAUGUUGGUAUUAGAAAAUGGAGCAGGUGCGAGAAGGAGGUGAGAUUCUUGGAAUCUGAAAUCGGGUUUGAGAAUCUGAGAGAGGAGAAGAGAGAGGUGAGCUUGCUGAGCAGCCUGAUCGGGUUGUUGUGCUAUUGCCGGUGCGUGAUGUUCGACACCGUAGACGGGUUUCCCGCCCCAAGACCCGAGGCCAAUAGCCGCAGCGAGGUGGUGAGUUGCCUGAAUUGGGAGGAUUUCCGGUGUCCGAUAUCGCUGGAGAUCAUGACGGAACCGGUGACAAUAGCGACGGGUCAGAGCUAUGACCGGGGAUCCAUUAUGAAGUGGUUUAGAGGUGGAAAGGCUGUUUGUCCGAAAACAGGGGAGAAGCUGAAGAGCAGGGAGGUGGUGCCUAAUUUGGCGCUGAAGAGGUUGAUUCAGCAGUACUGCUCGGAGAAUGGGAUUCCUUUUGGUGAUUCCGGCCAUCGGAGUCGCGACAUUGGGAGGACUAUAGCUGCAGGCAGCUUGGCAGCUGAGGAGGUCAUGAAAAUGUUGUCGAAAUAUCUCAGCGCAAGUAUUGCGGCGGGGACAAUGGAAGAGAGGAGCAAGGCUGCCUAUGAAAUUCGGAUUCUUUCGAAAACAAGCAUUUUUAAUAGGUCUUGUUUGGUGGAAGCUGGGUUGGUUCCGCAUUUGCUGAAGAUGUUGGCUUCUGCAGAUUCGGAGAGGCAGGAGAAUGCAGUUGCAGGGUUGUUGAAUCUGUCAAAGCAUUCAAAAGGGAAAGCUGCCAUUGUCGAAAAUGGGGGUGUGGAUUUGGUUGUGGAUGUUUUGAAGGAGGGUCUGAAAGUAGAGGCUUGCCAGCAUGCUGCUGGGACAUUGUUUUAUCUUGCUUCGGUUGAGGAGUACCGGAUAUUGAUCGGAGAAAACCCGAGGGCCAUACCGGCUUUGAGGGAGCUGAUCAAGAACGGUUCUGAUCGCGGCAAGAAGAAUGCAUUGGUUGCUAUUUACGGGCUGCUUACACACCCUGCAAAUCAUAGAAGGGUGAUAGCAGCUGGGGUGGUUCCUUUGCUGUUUGAAAUACUAACAUCUGUUGACAGUGAAGCUCUUGUGACGGAUUCUCUAGCAAUUCUCGCAACUCUGGCUGAGAAACCUGAAGGAGCAGUUGCAAUUUCGCGUUGCAGGGCUUUGGAUUCGAUCAUGGGGAUUCUGAAUUCUUUGACUUCAAGGGCAGCAAAGGAGUUCUGUGUGUCUUUGUUGCUGUCUCUUAGUACAAAUGGUGGCCACAAUGUGGUUGCUCUUCUGGUUAAGAGCCCUUCUCUUAUGGGAUGUUUGUAUUCUCAACUUAGUGAAGGCACAUCUAGAGCAAGCAAAAGGGCCAGUGCUCUCAUCAAGCUCCUCCAUGAAUUCCAUGAAACAAGAUCCUCUGGUCCAGUCAAUCGAGUUCUUCCACAGGAGCGAUUUGUUCACGUUAGGUAACCCAACAUUUUUAUGGGCGUACUUGACACAUUGAUUCUUUGCAGGCCUGUAAAUUCAGGGUCUUCUGUAGAUAUGCAUAUCUAGUGUGUUUGGAUCUAGUUUGAUUCAUUAUUAGCUCGGUUUUUUGAAGAGCUAAUUAUUGUAUGACAGCUUCUACUUUUUUGAAAGAAGCUUGGUACAGAAUGUUACAUUGUAAUAAAUUGUAAUUAUUCGUUUUCUAUAUGAAUGAACAAAAAUUGGAGUG